GUGAAGGGGGAGAAUUAGUCUGCCCUAAGGCUCACUCAAGUUGUGCCACUACUUAAGGUUAUCCUGCUGACUCCAUACCUAAAUCGCAGUCAUGUGUGACGACGAAGAUGCGGCGACUCUUAUUUGCGACAAUGGCUCCGGCAUGGUCAAGGCCGGCUUCGCUGGCGACGACGCCCCUCGAUGCGUCUUCCCCUCCAUCGUCGGUCGCGCCCGUCACCAGGGUGUGAUGGUCGGUAUGGGUCAGAAGGACGCCUACGUAGGCGACGAGGCCCAGAGCAAGAGAGGUAUCCUCACCCUCAAGUACCCCAUCGAGCACGGCAUCAUCACCAACUGGGAUGACAUGGAGAAGAUCUGGAAUCAUACUUUCUUCAAUGAACUCCGCGUUGCCCCAGAAGAAUGCCCUGUUAUGCUUACUGAGGCCCCUCUUAACCCCAAAGCCAACCGCGAGAAAAUGGUCCAGAUUAUGGUCGAAUCCUUCAACGUUCCAUCGACUUACAUCUGCAUUCAGGCUGUUUUGUCUCUAUACGCUUCCGGUCGUACUACCGGACAGGUCUGUGAUUCUGGCGAUGGCGUCUCCCACAUAGUACCCGUUUAUGAAGGCUUCGCGCUUCCACACGCUAUCCUUCGUCUGGACUUGGCUGGUCGUGAUAUCACCAACUACCUUGGCAAGAUCAUGACUGAGCGUGGCUACUCCUUCACCACCACAGCUGAGCGUGAGAUCGUCCGUGACAUCAAGGAGAAGCUCUGCUACAUCGCCUUGGACUAUGAAGCGGAGAUGAAUACCGCUGCAGCCUCUUCCACUGUGGACAAGUCUUAUGAACUUCCUGACGGUCAGGUCAUCACUAUUGGCAACGAACGAUUCCGUGCUCCCGAGACCCUGUUCCAACCUUCCUUCCUGGGUAUGGAGUCUGCUGGUGUCCACGAGGUCGUCCACCAGUCUAUCAUGAGGUGCGACAUUGACAUCAGGAAGGACCUUUUGGCCAACAUCGUCAUGUCAGGUGGCAGCACAAUGUACGCUGGUAUUGCCGACAGGAUGCAGAAAGAAAUUACUGGUCUCGCUCCUUCAACUAUCAAAGUAAAGAUCAUCGCUCCCCCUGAGAGGAAGUACUCCGUCUGGAUCGGUGGUUCCAUCCUUGGUUCUCUGUCCACCUUCCAGGCCAUGUGGAUCACCAAGGAGGAAUAUGAUGAGUCUGGACCUGGUAUUGUCCACCGCAAGUGCUUUUAAUUUACUUUUAUUUACAGUGUUGCAGUGCUGGCUAUCAUUACUUCUGUGAAAUGUCUUUUGUACUAUAUUUGUUAUAACUGUUACUCAGUUAAUGAGGAUUUGUAACAAAGAUUAGUAAAAAUUCCAUGAAAUGUAUAA